AUGGCUUCCCCGAACAACCCAACCGGGUUUAACAUGAAAACCUUCACGGACGCCGCCACAAGCAGAGAAUGGAGAGCAAGAGAUCCAUGGGCUAAGAAUGAGACCUGGCGGCACACGGGACCCUUUACUCGAUGGAAUCGAUUGAAGGGAGCGUUUCCCGGACUCGGCAUUGCUACCGCUGCGUUUGCAGGCUAUGUUAUCUUUGAAGCACUCUUCCUGAAGGACUCGCACGGCCAUGGGGACGGUCACGGAGGGCAACACCAUUGA